AUGCUACCUCCUGUGGGGGUCUGCCUCGACUGUCCGGCUGAGCUGGGGAGUGAGUCUGCCGUGUUUGAGCCUGCACAGCAGAGCGACGUGGUGUCCUCUCACUCCAGCCCUUUCUGUUCUCCUGAAUCUGCCACAGCCCUAUCUGGCGAUCAGGUGUUAGGUCUAGGUCCCACCCUGCCACUGACUUCUGUCAAUCAGGCCUUACAGCCACCACCUUCCUGGAGCCACCCAUGCCACCCAGCCGUGGUCAACUCCACGGUGAUCUUCUAUAUAACCAUGGAUGAUGAACCCUUGGGCCGUGUCUCCUUCAAGCUAUUUGCAGACAACGUUCCAAAGACAGUAGAGAACUUCCAUGCUCUGAGCACUGGGGAGAAAGUAUUUGGUUAUAAAGAUUCUGGCUUUCACAGGAUUAUUCCAGGAUUUAUGUGCCAGGGUGGUGACUUCACAUGCCAUAAUGGCACUGGUGGCAAGUCCAUCUAUGAGGAGAAAUUUAAUGAUGAGAAUUUCAUCCUGAAGCAUAGCAGUCCUGGCAUCUUGUCCAUGGCAAAUACUGGACCUAACACUAUCCGUUCCCAGUUUUUCACCUGCACGGCCAAGACUGAGUGGUUGGAUGGCAAGCAUGUGGUCUUUGGCAUGGUGAAAAAGGGCAUGAAUAUUGUGGAAGCCAUGGAACACUUUGAGUCCAGGAAUGGCAAGACCAGCAAGAAGAUCACUAUUGCUGACUGUGGACAAAUCUAA